UUUCUGUCUGUGUGCCAGUGACUGAAAAUCUCAGAUAUAUCUUCAUAGACGUCACGGAAAGGGCGUAGCCAUGCAUUGGAGUGAAGCCGCAUAAAAGCGCUUCCAUAAUGCGGGCGUGAGGUGCGCGGACGAGGGGGUAAACGGAGGGGAUCCAGGAGGAGGACAGCGGCGUGUUACCGGCUUCACACCGAGCCUGGCCGUCAGGCACCGGAGAGAAUAAAAUGUCGAACCGAAAGCACCGGGACAACCAGGAGAUCUGUGCCCGCAAGGUCCGGGAGCUGGCCCAGUCUGGAGUAAACAAACACUGCUUCGAGUGCAACCAGCCCGGGGUGACUUACACCGACAUCACGGUGGGCAGCUUCGUCUGCACGUCGUGCUCCGGAAUGCUGAGAGGCCUCAACCCUCCUCACAGAGUCAAGUCUAUCUCCAUGACAACCUUCUCCCAACAGGAAGUGGAAUUCCUCCAGAACCAUGGCAACGAGGUCGGGAGGAGGACUUGGCUGUGUGUGUUUGACCCAAAGACGGACGGCUGCUCCGACAUGAAGGACUCUCAGAAGUUCAAAGAGUUCCUCCAGGACAAAUACGAGAAGAAGAAAUGGCAUUUUUCCAAAAGUAAGAACCGGAGAGAUGUUGAGGGUCCUUGGAGCCCCGGGGUCCAGGCUGUGCCCCCUUCCCAUGGUCCCUUAGCGAGCCAGGCCCCGACUCAUAACCUGCCCCCCAACGCCAGAGCCACAAGGCCACUGUCUCAGUCCCAGCUGCCAUCAUGGGAUCGAGCGCCUGCGAUCUCGCCUGCCGACAUGCGGACCGACGUGUUCACCGCUAGGCCAUCACGCUCCCAAAGCUUCAGAGACCCCCCUCUGAAAGAUCCCACCCUGUGCGGGAUAGAAAGACAGCGGCCAGGCUCCCUGUCGUCAGCGCUGGGAGCUCAGAGCCACGCCCCCUCCUUCCCUGCUCUCCCACGACCAUCAGCCAGUAGCUCUUUCAAAAACCACUUCACUUUAGGUCGUACAGUAUCAGCCUCUGGGGCCACGGGGCCCUUUAGGGCCUUCCCCAAGUCUCUCAGCGUGGACUUUGGAGGUAUGAGCCAUCCUCAGCCACAGCCCCUGCCCCAGUCUCUGUCCCAGCAGCAGCAGCAGCAGCCUGCCAGUGUUGGCCAGACAACACCCCCGGUGGGCAGCUCGAACCCCCAGGACAGGUACGCUGCCGUGUCACAGCUGGACAGCGUCUUCUCUGAAACGACCACAGCUCCACCUGGCGGUCCUCCGCAGUACAGCGCCAUCUUUGGCAGCAGACUUUCAUCCAGUUCGACUCCUGCCAGUUCCCCCGGUGUCGAUACACACUCCAGCUCCCAAACCUUUGCGAAUUUCCCCAACCCAUUCAGUUCCAGCUCCAGCUCUGCUUCCCAGCAGCCUGUUGCCCUCUCCCCCAGUAACCCCUUCAGCAAUGCCUCAGGAGGUGACUCCAGCGCGUUUGUCACCUCGCCCACCUCUGUGUUCCCUCCGUCUGCCUCUUUCCCAGCGCCUGCCACCCAGAAUGCAUUUCCUCAUGAGUCAGCCAGUAACCAGGAAGCCAAUGGUUUUGCCUCCUUCCCUGCGUCAGACUCUCAGCCCAAAGUCCCUCGGCCGAUGUCGGUGAACCCGUUUACUGGGAAUGUUUACCCCAGUCGAGGGACGUCGCGAAAUCCUUUCAUCUGACCCCCCCACCACCCCACCCCCCCUCUCCUUACUUCACCCACCCAUCCAUCUCUGGGAACUGAGGGAGAAGUGAACUUGAGGAGUCGCUGCCAUUUCAAAGCCUCUGGAGUAUUUUCACCCUCUGAGGGAGGGUGUGACGUCCAUGCAGAC